CUCGGCGGCUCACAGAGAGAGCGCGUCGCGGGGAGUCGGCGCCUGGAGACGCGGGAAGGCGCCACCACCGCCGCCGCUGGCCAAGGUGCUGGACACCACAGGCCCAUCGGCCGCUUCGCCAGGUCAGGACCCCCUCUCUGCUGCAGCCGCUGCUGCCUCGCUUCCAGCCAGGUCCCCAUGGAAGAGAUGGAAGAAGAGUUAAAAUGCCCUGUGUGUGGCUCCUUCUAUCGGGAGCCCAUCAUCCUGCCUUGCUCUCACAAUUUAUGUCAGGCGUGCGCCCGCAACAUCCUGGUGCAGACCCCGGAGUCCGAGUCCCCCCAGAGCCGUCGGGCCUCGGGCUCUGGGGUCUCCGACUAUGACUAUUUGGACCUCGACAAGAUGAGCCUGUACAGCGAAGCGGACAGCGGCUAUGGCUCCUACGGAGGUUUCGCCAGCGCCCCCACAACCCCUUGCCAGAAAUCGCCCAACGGCGUCCGUGUUUUUCCCCCUGCUAUGCCGCCACCGCCCACCCACCUGUCACCGGCCUUGGCUCCGGUGCCCCGCAACUCCUGUAUCACCUGUCCCCAGUGCCACCGCAGCCUCAUUCUGGAUGAUCGGGGCCUUCGCGGCUUCCCCAAGAACCGCGUCCUGGAAGGGGUCAUCGACCGCUACCAACAGAGCAAAGCUGCGGCCCUCAAGUGCCAGCUCUGCGAGAAGGCGCCCAAGGAAGCUACGGUCAUGUGUGAACAAUGCGACGUCUUCUACUGCGACCCUUGCCGCCUGCGCUGCCACCCGCCGCGGGGUCCCCUAGCCAAACACCGCCUGGUGCCCCCGGCCCAGGGCCGCGUAAGUCGGCGGCUGAGCCCGCGCAAGGUCUCCACCUGCACAGACCACGAGCUGGAAAACCACAGCAUGUACUGUGUGCAGUGCAAGAUGCCGGUGUGCUACCAAUGCCUGGAGGAGGGCAAACACUCCAGCCACGAAGUCAAGGCUUUGGGGGCCAUGUGGAAAUUACACAAGAGCCAGCUCUCCCAGGCACUGAAUGGAUUGUCAGACAGGGCCAAAGAAGCCAAGGAGUUCCUGGUGCAACUCCGCACCAUGGUGCAACAGAUCCAGGAAAACAGUGUGGAGUUCGAGGCAUGCCUGGUGGCCCAGUGUGAUGCGCUCAUCGAUGCCCUAAACCGAAGGAAGGCUCAGCUGCUCGCCCGCGUCAACAAGGAACAUGAGCACAAGCUGAAGGUGGUUCGGGACCAGAUCUCCCACUGCACAGUGAAACUGCGCCAGACCACGGGCCUCAUGGAGUACUGCUUGGAAGUGAUUAAGGAGAACGACCCCAGUGGUUUUCUGCAGAUUUCAGACGCCCUCAUAAGGCGAGUUCACUUAACUGAGGACCAGUGGGGGAAGGGCACGCUCACGCCCAGGAUGACCACGGACUUUGACCUGAGCCUGGACAACAGCCCUCUGCUGCAAUCCAUUCACCAGCUGGACUUCGUGCAAGUUAAAGCUUCCUCUCCAGUCCCAGCAACCCCCAUUCUACAGCUGGAGGAGUGUUGCACCCACAACAACAGUGCUACACUGUCCUGGAAACAGCCCCCUCUGUCCACUGUGGCCGCCGAAGGAUACAUUCUGGAGUUGGAUGAUGGAAGUGGUGGUCAGUUCCGGGAAGUGUAUGUUGGAAAAGAAACGAUGUGUACCGUGGACGGGCUUCACUUCAACAGCACAUAUAAUGCUCGGGUUAAGGCCUUCAACAAAACAGGAGUCAGCCCCUAUAGCAAGACACUGGUCCUCCAGACGUCUGAGGCAGCGGGAGCACAUGAGGCUAAACCUAUGAAGGACACAGAUUCAGAAGAACAGACCCUCCCUUUUCCAGUGCCUUCGGAAAGAUUGCCGCUCCGUAGAAUGAGUCCCUUCUCCUCCACCCUUAACCUUCAACCCAGCUUUCCCGGAAGAUCCUACUUUGACUUCCGAUCCUCACCCCACCAGCUGAGCUUGCAUUCUUCUUUACAGUCCCUCAAUGCACCGGGAUGCAAUUUUGAGACACAGUCUGCAUCUUACUCUCAAUUAGUUGACAUUAAAAAGCUGUUGGCAGUGGCUUGGUUCGCUUUUGACCCCGGCUCGGCACACUCCGACAUCAUCCUCUCCAAUGACAACCUGACAGUGACGUGCAGUAGCUAUGAUGACCGGGUGGUGCUGGGGAAAACUGGCUUCUCCAAGGGUGUCCACUACUGGGAGCUAACUGUCGAUCGCUAUGACAACCACCCGGAUCCAGCCUUCGGCGUGGCUCGCAUCGAUGUGAUGAAGGAUGUAAUGCUGGGAAAGGACGACAAAGCUUGGGCAAUGUAUGUGGACAAUAACCGGAGCUGGUUCAUGCACAACAACUCGCACACCAACAGAACUGAAGGAGGCAUCACAAAAGGGGCCACCAUCGGGGUCCUCCUCGACUUAAACAGAAAGACCUUAACAUUUUUUGUCAACAAUGAGCAGCAGGGUCCCAUAGCAUUUGAGAACGUGGAAGGCCUGUUCUUUCCUGCAGUCAGCCUCAACAGGAAUGUACAGGUCACACUUCACACUGGGCUUCCCGUCCCCGACUUCUACUCCAGCAGAGCUUCCAUAGCCUAAGGGCGCGCUGUGGAGGCACCAGCUGCCCCAUGGAGGGACAGCACGGAGCCGCCACCCUCUGCGGACACAGCUGGUAGAAGAGAGAGGAGACCAUCUGGUCCU